GACGGCUGCGGUUUGGGGCUGGCUCUGAAAGCGGCCCCGCCAGGCGCGCUUGCACACAGGGCAGGUGAAUGCAAACGCUGCCCGGGGCGGCAGCUUCCCGGGGGUGGAGCUGCUCCGGCACAGGUGGCAGGGCUGAGCCCGGGGCCCUGCGGAGCCUGGAGAGCCCUGCUGCGAACCCAAGCCCAAAGCAAGCGGCCUUCACCUGGGCAGGGAAGUCACCUGGGCAGGGUGGUCCCCCUCCACCACCACCAGCAGCAGCACGCAAGGCUGUCCGUGGCGAGCAUGGACUGUGCGGGGAAGGAAGGCACCGGGGGAAGGAAGAGGAAUUUGACCCUGCUAAGGAACAAGCUGUACAUGGGGCAGAGGAGGAGGACGGAGCCCGUGGUGGAGAGCACCCCCGCCGCCGGGGACCACGGCAACUUGAGGAGGAGUCAGUCCGACAGGACAGAGUACAGCCAGAAAUUGCAAGAAAAAAUGGCUCCGCAGGCAGUGUCCUCAACCCCUGCCACCCCGCCGCAGGAGGACAAACAAGAAGAAGAAGAAGUCAGGCGACGCAUGAUGGCCAGGAGGGUGAAAAUCAUUGCAGAACUCUUGCAGACGGAGAAAGACUAUAUCAGCGACCUGGAUCUCUGCAUCAAGGAAGUGAUUCAGCCCCUGAGAAACAUGCAGAUUGCUCGCUUUGACGUGGAUGGCUUGUUUAGCAACGUUGAAUUGGUCCAUCAGCUAUCAGCCAAACUGCUGUCAUUGUUGGAAGAAGCCACAACAGAUGUGGAACCACCCAUGCAAAUAAUCGGGGAAGUGUUCUUGCAGAUUAAAGGCCCACUAGAAGACACAUAUAAAAUCUAUUGCUAUCACCAUGAUGAUGCACACACCAUGCUGGAAUACUAUGAAAAGGAUGAAGAACUGAAGCAGCAUUUAAGAGACUGUGUACAGUCCUUAAAAAAGAGAUAUGAAGAAGAAGGAAAGCCAAAUCUAAUGGACCUGGGAUCCCUAUUGAUCAAACCAGUGCAACGGCUGAUGAAAUAUCCCUUGUUACUCCGUGAGCUCUUGAACUCAACUCCUGCUUCUCACCCUGACCACGAGGCACUACAAAAUGCCCUUUUUGCUAUGAAAAACAUUAAUGUGAACAUCAAUGAACUUAAAAGGAGGAAAGAUUUAGUGCUGAAGUAUAGGAAGAAUGAUGAUGAUGAAACCCUUAAAGAAAAGUUUUCCCGACUGAAUAUUCACUCCAUUAGCAAGAAAUCCAAGAGGGUCACCAGCCAUCUGAAAAUACUGACGAGGGGAGAACCUCAGGUGAAAGAUGGAACUUUUAAUAAGGAAGAAAAGUUGUUUCAAAGUCUAGAGAAGACUGUGAAAUUGUGUGUGAAGAACAUUUCGCUCUGUUCACAACAUCUCCAGGAUUCUAUACGUCUGGCUGCCCAGAAUAUAAUUGAGCUUCAGGAAAUCCUGCAAGAUAAAGAUGACAACGUCAAUGACUGUUCGGAAAAACAGACCAACACUGCAAAUCCGUGUGAAGACUUUAUGGCUCAGCUGGACAAGCUUGUCUUGACUCCUCUCUCAGCACUGCAAGCCCUGUUUCCAGGCCCUCAGAAGCUCAUCCAGAAGCGCUAUGACAAGUUGUUGGACUACAACAGCUACAUGCAGAGGUCUACUGGAGAAGAGCUGGAGCUGGCAAAGAAAGACUAUGAGGCUCUAAAUGCACAGCUAGUGGAAGAACUUCAGGUAUUCAACAGAGCAGCCAAAAAGAUCGUGUUGAACUGUCUACAUUGCUUCAUCACCCUCCUCAGGAAUAUUAUGUUUGCAGCUCUUCAAUCAAACUCUGCUGUCGUGGUGCCUGUUCCACUGUCCUCCUCAAGCAUCUGUGAAGUGCAGAAUCAAUUGAUAGAGGAGGUUCACAAGCUGAAUUUUGUAAAAGAAAACAUCAGUACAAUCUUUAUUGAGAGAAAAUCGAGCCUGGAAAAAAAGAAACCCGUUCCUUCUCUGCUGGAGUCCCCACGGCAAACAGAGGAGCACAGGUCCAAGCUGCUGUCCAUGUACAGCACCGAGUCGCUGUACCAGGCUAAGCGCAAGUGCAACGCCGCGCAGGAAUUCGAUAUUGACUUGCAUGAAGGAGAACUGGUGGCUGUUAUGGAGCAAAAGGACCCCUUUGGAAGCACAAGCAGAUGGCUUGUUGACACAGGAAUCCUCACAGGGUAUGUGUAUUCCUCCUUCCUGAGGCCUUACAACCCAGCCAAAGCGCAGAAGGAUGUAGCAGAAAAUGGCUUUGGUGAUGAUGAUUUUGAUGACAUCAGCCUCUUUGUCUCUUCACGGCCUCCUACUGACAGCAGCACAAGCAGUCCAGGGUACAAGAAGAGUGACAGCAGCUCAUCUUUCCAGUUCUGUGAAAAUCCUGCAAUUAAUGGCACAGAGACUGGUGCUCUUCAGGGUAUGGAUGAUCAGCAGAUCUUCUAUGCUGUUUAUGCAUUUCAAGCUAGAAGUGAUCACGAACUCAGCCUCCAGGAGUACCAGAGGGUGAGGAUACUUCGCUUUUCUGACCUGAGUGGCAAUAAGGAAUGGUGGCUAGCUGAAGCAAAAGGUCAGAAGGGAUAUGUACCAUCUAAUUAUCUAGGGAAGAUGACAUAUGCUUAGGAGGAGAAGGGCCUGUUGAGCCAGACUCUCUGAAGCAGACAGAAUAAUCAUCUGUUAGGUUUGCUGCAAGCAAAGCAAGCUCACAAGUGAUUGACAGAAGCCAUGGUAUCCAGCACACAGAUGAUACUGAGAACCUCUAUUCUCCAAAAGCCAUCACCUUGUCAAGACCUGAGGGAGGAAACAUUUAACAGGAAGACUGAUUCUGAUUAACAUGCUGAAGAGCUUGCUUUUCUAUUACCCCAUAAUUUCCUCUUUUGUCAAAGCGUCGUACAUCAAGACUCAACCUACAAGUACAAAUCACAGAUGAAAUUACAUUUUUCUUCCAUGAUAUUUAGCAAAUAAUAUUCAAGAUGAAGAGAAUUAGCCUUGAAAAAGGACAAAUUCAGUCAUCAGGGAUACUGUAGGCUGAGUUGUUCCUGAACUGUUAUCUCAGUGAACACACACACUUCUUAAAACUUGAGCUUUUUUGAUUGUCUGUUUUCAUCCUCAGCCGCUUUUAUGAAGAACCUUUUUUCUCAGUGGAGAUUAUUGGAUUGGGAAAAGAAAAUGGGGUUCAUUUUUAAGGAAACAUUUCAACUUUAGACAUACCAGGUGUGAUGGUACCAGUGACUAGUCCCAGGGAAGAAGGUAUGUUUAGUUAAAUAUGGAAAUGCAGGAAGGAAAAGAGGGGACACUAGAAACAGGUACUGUGACAUGAAGAAGUUAUAAUUUUCAAAUGAAUUACACAACUGCUUCAUAUGGUAGAAACAGUUUGCAACAAUAUGGAAGUGCCCCAGGUUUGAAAUCCACAUAUGUCUCCACACUAACUGCUUUAGUGCAAGAUCUGUGUAGUGAAACAAAACCUGUGUUAUUAGUCUUGGGAAAUUUACUGAUUAAAAAAAAAGAAGAAAGAAGAAAAGCCAAGUGGUGCCUUUCAAUGAAUAUUUAGUAAGUCAGACACAGGGAUCAUUAUACCUAGUCAGUAAGUUUCUUUAGGUUCACUGACUGCAGUGAGUCCUAGGUCAGGCUGGUGCCCUGCACUUAAGAUAGACAGAAUAGUGACAGCAAACAGAAAAUGCCUCCUUGUGAUUCUCCUUGGUAUCUGAGUGAUCCACACAAGGUAUUUCACCACAGCAAUGCUGAGGUCCUCUAGUGAUUAGUGAAGAGCUGGUGCAAAGCACUGCAAAAAGGAAACAAAAAAAGUGAUUAUGCCUGCUGCGUAGUGUAACUGAAAGGAAACUCCUGUCAGGUAUUUUCUGGUUUGCAUAAUUGUUUGUGCUGAGGACAAAAAUGACAACACUGUUACAAUCAAGGGGGUGGGGGGGCAGGUAGUGUUGCUGAUCGAGGGUAAACAGAAAUUGUUCUAAAGCUUUUGUCUGAGUUUCUACUUCCCAUAGUUUGAAGGUGAGGUUUGAAGAUGAAGUGAUUCAAAAUACUUAGUGAGAUGUAAUAGAAAAUAACCUGUCAGCAAAGAAAGGAUAAGAAAAGUUAGGGCAGUUGCUACACACAAUAGCUUCUGCUAUGCUGAUGAACCGGGUUUCAUUUUCUUUAAUGUCCUCAAUUUUCAGAUUCUUUUAAUAGAAGGGUAGAAAAAGUUGUCAGUCUUGCUCAGAGACUGAAUGCAGCAGGGGAAAGCAGAGAUUAAACCUGAAAUUUGUGCUGGAUUAAAUUAUAUGAUAGAGAAACUUUUGGAGUUCUCAGAGACAGGUAUCCAGAAUCUGGUGUGGGAAUCUCUGUGUACUGCUGCUAUCCAGUGAGCAUUAUUUUGCCUAAUUUUACAUCACCUCAGGCACUUAAAUCUUGCUGUUUCCAUAGCAAGCAAAAAGGGUUCUCAAUCACUUAAUGAAUGGAUUUAGCUGCUUUUAUGGAAAGCUUCACCUUUAGUUAAAUGAAGAAAAUAAAAGUGCAGAGGGAGUAUCAGCUUGGAAGAAUGGACUGAAAGACUCACCGCUACCCUUUUACUGCUUUGGCAUUUAGAUUUUGAGAUUAUGGGGAAAAUACACACAAGAUGGUUUUCAGUUCUGUCUUACAAUUUAGAAUAUUUUAUUUGGAGAAGAUCUAUACUUUGCAACAGCUGAAACAGUUUUAGAAAUGACUGAAUUGUACUUAAUAGGCUUAAUGCAGUCAUGUAAGCACAAUGAUGAAGUUUUGUAUUUCAGACAGAGAAAUUAAUCAAGGGAAAGAGGAAAAAAAGAUUUUUGAAGUCUUAGCACUGAGAACUCAGCUUGAGUCACAGGAGAGCUCAGAUUUUGAGUGUUAGGUACAUUCUCCAUGAAGAAUCAGACUCUGUGAAGGUGUCUCAAAGAGUACUCAAAUGCUGCUCUCCAAAAUAUAGGUAUCCUGAUCCUGAAGUAACAAGAAAUGAAGGAUGAAUAUACUGGAGUUGACCACCUGAAUUUCAGGGGGACCUGGGAACUCUUAAUAGGUCAGAUGAAAUCCCUGUAGGAUUAGGAUCCAUAAUAAUUUUUAUAUUGUGGGAUAAUUAUAUGACUUUAUUGUAGCCUUGUAACUUGGGAUCCAGUAAAAGUUUGUAAUUAGGUACCCAGGUGGAUUGGCUUAGUCCAUUUCAGAAAUUCACAUUGUUAGCCAUUCUCAUUUGAUACUAUGAAUGCAUAGCAAACUUUUAUUUUUGUUUAAAACAGAUGAAUGCAAAGAGCAAUUAUAGAAAAUUAAGAGAUGCUCCUUGAAUCUAAUGCCUUCCAAAUUAAGGAUUUUCAGCAAUUCAUAUUAGACUUGCUCAGUCACAUUAUUGUUAAGACAGUGCUUUAAAUACUAGAAACUGAGCUGUGUUAGGGCUCCAGAAAUUACUAAGGGUAUGCAAUGGUUUUGCCACUGGAUUUCUUUGAAUAUAGGGAAGGUUACAGUAUUCUAAGAGCUUUCGUAUUCUCAUUAAUGACAAAACUAAUUUAUUUUGAUUGAAGCAGGGACAGGCUGCAGUUUACUGGAUUGAUCUUGCAUUUGUUCCAAUGUGUGUUUUACUUGAGCUGUUGUGACAAUAAAUAUGUGCAAGUACUUCCAAGAUUGGGUCCACUCAAACUGAAGUGCUUCUCCAUUCAGGGAGUAUUUUUAUGUGUUGCCAUCGAUAACCUGGAACCCAGAAAGUGUCCAAGCCAGUACACAGCAGAGUCCCAGGCUCUGACCUCUGGCACCUCUGCGCUUCACCAUCUUCCCUUAGGCUGGGUGAUCUUUGAGCAGGGGUUCAGCUUUUCAAUGCAAACACAGAUUGAAGAAUUAGUCCUUCUGACUUUUCGUCUUUGGAAGCUUCACUGAGUAACUACCCGCUUCAAACACUAAAGUAUACUUUUACUGUCAUUUUAAGAUAGCUUUUAAAAAUGAAGAUAGAUGAAGUGAACCUACCACCUGCGCUAGGAAACAUGGCCAUGAUAAUCCUUGUUCCCAUAGAUCUGUUAAUGAUAAUUCCUAUUAAAAUAUUGUUUGCUGGGAAAUAGAAAAAAAAU